AUUACUAAAUUACCAGGCAGAAAGAAAGGCAAUGGAUUCUUCAGCGAAGUUUUUCUUUGUUUCAAUGUUCGUCAUUCAACUCUUUACCACCUGUGUUGCUCAAUCUUCCAUGGAAUCCCCCUUGGAGUCCCUCUGUUUAUAUGACAGAGGAGACGUUUUGUAUCAGCUUUGCGUCGGAUGCAUCUACGGUGCCCUCAUCGAGCUCAGAGAUCGCUGUGCCGACCAGAAGGAAGCAAUUGUAUGGUAUGACAAUUGCAUGUUCGGGUACUCAAAUCGAUCCAUCUUUGGCGUUAAGGAAGAUCGUCCCAAUUCUUUCAGUUUGAGUUUGAAUAAGAAUGCCAAGAAUGUUAGUGCUUUCGGUGACACCCUGAAAAGCUUGUUGGAAAGCCUCAUGGCGCAAACAGCCACAGCUAGACCUGCUGUCAACUUUGCCAUGGGGACAAGAGUGACUCCAGAUUUGGAGACGAUCCAUGCACUUAUGCAGUGCACUCCUGAUUUGUCCCCUUCACAGUGUGUCUCUUGCUUGUCAGUGGCUCUUGGAAAAAUUCCAGAGUGUUGUCAAGGAAAGCUGGGAGCUAGAGUAUUUGGACCUAGCUGCAAUCUUAGAUUUGAUACAGUGGAUCCACCUUCAAAUGAUACUACUACUACAACCAUACCAGGAUUGUGGAUUCCAAUUGCUGUUAGUUCAUUGGCAGUUCUCGGGUUAACUUUGCUUAGUUCUUUUGCUUUCAUCAUCUGGAGAAGGAGUGCUAAGGAUAAAGAGAACAGCCAAGAGGUUCAACUACUUGAGUUGGGAGCAAGAACACAUUGCGACUUCUCAACUGAAGAUUUUCAAGGUGAGCAUGUGGAAGGAUCCCAGGAAUUUCCUUCAAUUCAAUUAGAUAUUAUAAGUGUAGCAACAAAACAUUUCUCGGAUGCAAAUAAGCUUGGAGAAGGUGGAUUUGGUCCUGUGUAUAAGGGUACUCUAGCAGAUGGUAAAGAAAUUGCAGUUAAGAGGCUCUCAAGAACUUCUGGUCAAGGACUACUUGAAUUCAAGAAUGAAGUUAUGCUGAUUGCUAGACUACAACAUAGAAAUCUUGUAAGACUUUUGGGAUGUUGCUUGGAGGAUAAUGAAACAUUGUUGGUUUAUGAGUACUUGCCAAACAGAAGCCUUGAUAUCUUCCUUUUCGAUGCAAGAAUGAGUAUGCAAUUAGAUUGGCCGAGACGAUUUAGCAUCAUCACUGGAAUUGCUAGGGGCAUCUUGUAUCUGCACGAGGAUUCUCAUCUUAGAAUUAUUCACAGGGAUCUUAAAGCAGGUAACAUUUUGUUAGAUAGUGAAAUGAACCCAAAAAUUUCAGAUUUUGGUAUGGCAAGGAUUUUUGGUGGAAAUCAAAGUCAAGCAAACACAAAGAGAGUUGUUGGAACAUACGGAUCCAUGGCAUCAGAGUAUGCUAUGGAAGGACCAUUUUCUGUCAAAUCUGAUGUGUUCAGCUUUGGAGUCUUAUUGCUAGAGAUCAUGUGUGGGAAGAAGAGCAAUGGAUUUUACUUUUAUGAACGCUGUGAAAGCCUUCUAACAUUUAAAGAUCCGGUGGACAGACCCUCCAUGUCAUCGGUGAUAGUAAUGUUGGCCAGUGAGACCAUAACUCUUCCUAAACCAACCGAACCUGCAUUUUUUGUUGGGCGAGUUGUUGCAGAACCAGCUUUGCCCUCUGCAGACAACAUUGUCUAUUCUGUCAAUGAGGUAACACUUUCAGACGUGUCACCUCGCUGAUUGUUUGUGCUUUUUCUGAUAUUUUCCAGCUUCUUUGAGAAAGCAUCAUGCUUUGGACAUGUGUAUAUUGUAUUACAGCACAAUAUCAAAUAAAGCUCUUUUCUUUUU